AUGGCGCCGUAUGAUAGCGAUUCUUCUGGUGGAGAGGAGGAUGAUUUUACAGAGACCAACGUCCUCCUUGGGAUAUCUGCUAAUGAGAGGCUCCAGGACUGGCUAGACACAGACAAAGCGCCAUCAGCGGCCCUCGCGAGAUGCAAGGUGUGCAAGGACCUGAUGGUCCUCAUCCUGCAGCUGAACGCCGAACUCCCAGAACGGUUCCCAACCCACGACCGCCGGUUAUACGUUCUCGCAUGCAAGCGGAAGAGCUGUCGGAGGAAAGAGGGAAGCAUUCGCGCGAUAAGGGGGGUUCGCGUCUCUGCUGAGGCUUCGACUGCGAUACCCGAAAAGGACACCCAACCCGAAGAGAAGGCAAUCCCCAAGCCUCCUUCGCAAGGGCUAGGGGAUGCCAUCUUCGGCGCGAAGCCCGCCACAGCAUCCGGAACACCACGUGCCAACCCAUUCGCGACCCCAUCCAGCCAACCAACCAACCCGUUCGCCCCCAAGCCAUCCUCCGCAACACCAACAAACCCCUUCGCCAAGCAACAACUUGCAGCAACAACCCCCGCCCCAGAGCCAUCCAAGCCCGACCUCGAGGCCACAACAACCGACCUACCCAAAACAUUCGCGCAAACCCUCUCCCUCAACAACCCACAAGCCACCCAGGGCCCGCCCCCGCCUCCAGAGCCCUGGCCCGAAGUCUCGGCCCAGCCGGCGCCCUACCCCAUCCGCUGGCUCUCCGACGCCGAGUACGAGACACUCGAUCCCAUCACCCUCCCCUCGGUGCCCCAAGCCACCACGGUGAUGGACAUCGACUCGGGGGAGGGCCCAGGCUCGAGCGGUGGGAAAGAAGACAAGGAGGUGUUCGAGUCGAGCAUGGACGCGACGUUCCAGAAGUUUGCCGACCGCGUCGGGCAGAACCCGGAGCAGUGCAUCCGCUACGAGUUUGCGGGUCAGCCGUUGUUGUAUUCCAAGGGGGAUGCGGUGGGGAAGUUGCUGCAUGUUAGUGAGAAGGAGAAGGUCGCGACGAGCAAGGGCCUGCCGCGGUGUGGGAAUUGUGGCGCCGGGCGGGUGUUUGAGGUGCAGCUGACGCCGCAGGCGAUUCAGGAGUUGGAGUGUGAGGAGGAUGGGUUGGAUGGGAUGGACUGGGGGACUGUGAUCGUGGGUGUUUGCGAGAGGGAUUGUCAGGAGAGGGGGGUCGAGGCGAGAGAGGCUGGGUAUUUGGAAGAGUGGGUUGGCGUGCAGUGGGAGGAGUUGACGAUGAAGAGGUAG